UUUGAUUUGAACAUGUCCUUGCAAUUGAAAAAAAUAUAUUCACUUUAAAUAUUUUAUAAAUGUUGUAUUGUGACUAUUACAGUUAUUACUAGAAUGAUCAGUUAGAUGACUCGCUAAUUUAAACGUACUCACAGGUGAAUACUUAAAAAAUUAUCAAAGAUAGAUAAAGAAAAUUUCGGGAUUGCUAUCGCUUAUAUAAAUAUAUACGCUGUAAUUGGAUGACUGCGUAGUUAGAAUUAAAGUUAUCCGCCGAAAUGGAUAUCGCUAAAGAACACAGGGCGUUAAUAGACCGUAUUGCUAGUGAAAAUGGAUUCACCGAUUAUGAAAUAAUAACCAGUUCUGGAUCAAGUAAAGGAGACAAUUUUCUUGGAGUUGUUACUGCGAUUACCAUCAAAGACAAGGAAAAAAGUUUGGAUUUGAUUUUGAAGUCUUCCCAUACUAAUAAGGGUUUUAGAGAAGCUACACCCAUUAGAGACAUUUAUAAUAGAGAAAUAUUUUUGUACGAACGUGUUUUUAAAGAGUUUAAAAAAUUCCAAGAAGAACACAACAUUGAAGAUCCCUUCGAAAGUGUACCUAAAUGCUAUUUAUGCUUUACUGAAGACGAACUUGAAUGUUUAGUUAUGGAGAAUUUAAAAACACAACAUUACGGUUUAUGGGAUAAAAAAGUUCCAAUGAAUCCUGGGCACAUUAAAGCAGUUCUCAUUGAAUAUGCUAAAUUUCACGCGGUUUCAUUUGCAAUGAAACAGAAAAAUCCCGCACUAUUUAAAGAAUUGGCAGAAGAUUAUGCAGAUAAUCCAUUUGAAAAACAAUUUAACGAUGAUAAGGAUAAACAGGAGAAGUUUAAAAAUUUUAUGGCUACUACUUUAUCUAAUGGUUACAAGGCAUUGGAAGAUGAUCCAACGUUAACAGAACAUCUUAAAAGAUAUGAACAAGCUAUAAGUCCCGAAUAUAUGGCUAAACUAAAAGAACCAGAAUACAAAGUGGUCAUAACACAUGGAGACUGUUGGUGUAACAAUUUUAUGUUUAAAUAUCAGGAUCCAAAUGAUAAAACAAAACCACAAAGUUUGCGUGUUGUAGACUGGCAAAUAUCUGCCUUUGGAAGCCCAUGUGCGGAUCUCUCUUAUUUUUUGCUUGUAAACAGCAGUGAGGAGGUUCUAGAUGAUAUUCAAACUUACCUAAAAAUUUACCAUGACAAACUGUCUUCGCAACUUCGUAAUUUUAAUUUGGAUCCCGACAAAUUGUUUCCUUUCUCUAGGUUUUCAGAUCAUUUAAGUAUAUGUCUGUUACAAGCCUUAUUUUGGGCUUUGUUAGUUAUGAAAGUAUUGGUAAGUGAAAAAGAAGAUAUACCUGAUCAUGUAGAAGCUGUUAAUAAAUCGGGUGAUUCUAUGAGUAUGUUGAGUUAUCAACCGAAAAAUUUUGACGAGUAUUCUAGAAGAAUAAAAAUUAUAAUAAAAUUUUUGGUAAAAAACAAAUAUUUGUGAUAUAAAAGUUAUAAGUGAAUAAAAUAUAUUGAUUAAUUUUUAUUUAUUUUAAUGUAGAUCUCAUUAAAAAAAAUUGUAGUUCUGUACGUAGUUUUGUAGUACAAGUUUUGCUGUAGUUAUAUUAUAAGACUUUAAAAACUUU